AAAGUUUCUAUAUUCUCUCUUCUAUAUAGUUUUAUUCCUUCAGUUUUAUAACAGUUUUUGCUUAUUAUACAAUUAAUUUUCAGAUUUCACAUUAAUUGGCACCUCAAUUUGUCUGUAAUUGAAAGAGAAAAAAAAAUCAUAACAAACAAAAGCAGGUCGAGUCCGACAAAGAGUCGGUGGACGCCAGCAAAAGUGAAACUCACGAGAAAGAGAGAAAUUACGCUCGCUUCACUCUGUAAGAUUCCGGCGAAUCUCCGGUGACACAGUCACCGGUAAUCCAGAUUUCAGAGUACUUUUAAGCCGCCUUCUUGGUUACGCUUGACUUGAACUCUGUGUCGCUGAUUGCAUCUGAAAAAACAUUUUCUUUUUUUAUAUGUUCGUGUGGAAUAAAAGAGGAGAAACUCACUGACUAUUCACCUGUUCGCAUUGUCGGAGGUUUGGGCCACCGUUUCCCGGAGUAUCAACGGUGGUUUUUCGUGGUUCUGACUUUCUGUCCCGUCCUCCGAUCUCAGUCUCCGAAGGUACUGAAAUGAAUGGCACUUCCCAGAAUGUGAAAAAUAGAAACUUUGGGAAAACAUAUCCAGGAUGUCUGGGAAGAAUGGUGGACCUCUUUGAGUUGAAUAUUGGAGUGUCGCCAAACAGGCUCCUAACUGAUAAACCACACCGGGAUGGUUCCCCUAUCUCGAGAAGCAGAAUGUCUCCUGAUCCAGUCGUAGAUGAAGGGAUUGAACAUGGGUUAAGGAGCUACUCUCCAAACCGAAAAUCAAAUGGGACGCCAAUAAAGAUGCUCAUCGACCAUGAGAUGUCCAAAGAAGUUGACUCCAGACGAAGCCCGCCCAAUCUAGUUGCGAAAUUAAUGGGACUUGAUGCCCUUCCUCAGCCCGAACCCGAAACAGCAACAAACAGAAGCCCAUCCAAGGGGCACCCUCGAAGAUUCUCUCACUAUGGAGAGCCAAAUGAGUACAAAGACAUUUACGAGAUAUGGGAGCAACCACAGAGACUUACCACGGCAAAUGACAAAAAGAUGGCUCUCGUCCGACAGAAGUUUCUAGAAGCCAAACGCCUGUCCAUGGACGGAAGAUUACGUCAGUCCAAGCAAUUCCAAGAUGCAUUGGAAGUUUUGAGUUCCAACAAAGACUUAUUUCUCAAGUGCUUGCAGGAGCCCGGUCAAGUGUUUUCUCAGCAGCUUUACGGCCUGCAUUCCAUUCCUCCUCCCCCAGAGACAAAGCGUAUAACAGUUCUCAGACCCUCAAAAAUUGCCGAUAAUUUUAACUUAGCCGGAGAUAGAGAAGGAAGAAGAGAAUCGGAAAAAGGCGACUUCCCUCAUCCAAGAAAUCACGAAAGUCCUACUCAGCCGACCCGAAUAGUUGUUCUCAAACCGAGCCUGGAGAAAAUACUCGAUAACAGUAAGGCUAACAUCUCCCCAAGGUCCCAGUCGGCAAGAAUACACGGCGAAGGAUUUUUAGGAGAUGUAGAAGACAACGAGAAUUGGGAGUCGAGACGAGUCGCGAAAGCAAUCACGAGCCAGAUGCGCGAGAAACUCGGCAGCCACCACAGGGACGAAACCGUCAUUUGCAUGGCUGAGGAGAGCUCUUUCGGUAAAUCGGAGAUUGAGUAUCCGGCUGGUGACCUCAGCGAUUCCGAAGCCACUUCGCCCAUGUCUCGGCACUCGUGGGAUUGCGUGCAUAACAUGCCAGGCAGCCCAUUCUCGUCCUCUUUCAGCAGGGCAUCUUAUUCGCCUGAGUCCUCUGUCUGUAGAGAGGCUAAAAAACGACUCUCUGAAAGGUGGGCUCUGAUGGCAUCUAAUGGGAGCUGUCAAGAACAGAGGCAAAUACGCCGGAGCUCGAGUACGCUGGGCGAGAUGCUUGCGCUUUCAGAAGCAAAACACAAGAAGAAUGAUAUAGCACCUGUGAAAGAAAGUGCAUUUGAUGAAAAAUCAAAGGAUUCAAGUAAUCUGUUAGAGUGUGGGAAGAGGAUAGUUGAAGAUGUUGAUGACAACUCACCAAGGAAUCUCACGAGGUCGAAAUCUGUUCCCGUUUCUUCUUCUCAGUUCGGGACUAGGCUUUAUGAGGAAACUCCGGUUGUUUUGAACAAUGGGAAACUGGAAGUUGUUCCUAAGGAGGACGCAAAGGCUAGAAGUAGAAAGUCGUCAUUUAAGGGAAAAGUUUCGAGUUUGUUUUUCUCGAGGAAUAAAAAGGACAGUAAGGAUAAGCCUAUUGAACCUGGAACUAAAGAUGAUUCCAGCUCCUUAUUUCUUGGGGGUGUCAGCAGUGGUGGGAGUGAAAGUCUUGUUGAGAAAGUGCCCAAACAUUCGCCAUCAGGUCUGUUCGAGUUAUCGAGCAAAGCAUCUUCCUCGGGCGUGAUUUCACCUGAGGCUCAAUUUUCUGUGUCAAAAUCAGCUGCAUCUGGAAACCUCUCUGAAAAUCAGGACCAGCCUAGCCCAAUAUCAGUCUUAGAUGCACCCUUUGAAUUAAAUGAACGCACGUCAACAGUGUCCCCACAUUAUGUCGAGCCUGACCAACAUGGAUACGAGUUGUCACCGAGUCCACUCAGUUCAAACUUGAUUGACAAGUCGCCACUUAUAGGCUCCAUAGCUCGAACCCUAUCAUGGGAUGACUCAAGCUUAGACACAAAAGACGAGGGGCAAGAAUGGUAUUCACUUGUGAGGACACUGUUAUCCAUGGCGGGCCUCGAACAGAAUGACUCGUUCUUCGCCAGGUGGCACUCGCCCGAGAGCCCGCUGGACCCUUCCUUGAGAGACACGUACAUUGAGUCGAAAAACGACAAGAAAAUGAUGCACGAGGCUAGGCGGAGGCAGAAGAGGUCCAUGCAGAAGCUCGUUUUCGACUGCGUGAACGCUAUCCUGGUCGAGCUUGCGGGCUCCCGAGUGGGCCCGGAUGAGGUAUGGGCCCGAAUGGACGAGUGGUUUUCAGGCGAGUGCAUUUCAGUGGAGAGUGGGGAGGAAAACGGAGUUUUGGUGGAGAGGGUGGUGAGGAACGAGGUAGCGGGGAAAGGGUGGAUCGAGAAUUUGAAGUUGGAGAGGGGUAUUUUGGGAAUAGAGAUUGAGGGAGGUUUGCUGGAGGAGCUGUUGGAGGAGGCUGUGGUUGAACUUGACAGGUAGAGAGUGAUGUGAUGUGAUGUGAUGUGAUGGGUGCUUAUAUAUAUAUAUAUAUAUUGUUUUGGCCUAUGUAUUCAUGUUUUACUUGGUCUGUUGUUUAGCUUGUUGUUUUGAUCAAUAAAUAAAUAUACUUGUGGUUGUCGUUGUAAUCGGGUGUUCAUGUCUCAAAUGUGUUGUGUUCAACUUCUGUAUAAUGGGCUUUUAUUUUAUGUGUACUUUA